GUUGCUAUGUGUUGCCCCUUUGUUCUUUGUAAAGCUUUUUGACAUUACCUUCGGUCGCAAGCAAACAUGUUCGAAUAUUCGAAUCCAAAACAAAAUAAACGAUAUAUCAUAAGGCCAGUUGCAGAAUAUAACCAUUCAAAGAAUUGAGACUAACCGUCACUGAUAACGGUCCAUUCAUCCUUCACGUAAAUCCAUGUGGCCAUGUGAUAACUAUUCUAAGUAUAUGUUAAUCUCCCAAAUGACCAUAUAACUUACAUUACAUAUCCCAUGUUACCUGUUUCUUAUGACGUGGUAAGUUGACAUUGGUUGACUUUUAGUAACCCAUUCAUUUUUUCCAAGAGCUUUUGUUGACUUAUGCUACUCAUGGCCGUACGAUUCGGAGGCUUUUCUUCUUCUACGGCUGCGAUUUGAUUAUGACAUUUCCACACUCCACAUGUCACAUGCCAUAGAUUAUGCUAUACAUGAAACCUGAUCCAUUGGCCCUCGUAUUCGGUUUUUAAUCAAUCUUAGAGAAAGUCUAUACAUUAAAUAUCAUUCAAAACCAAAGACCAACAGAAAAGUCAUCUGACACUUGCAUAAUUUGUAUUUAUUUCUUUUGCCAAUUAUCAGUUACUUCAUAGUAUCUCACAUUCUCGACUCAAAUUAAUACUAAAUAAAUUAUACAAGUGAACAUGGAUCCUUGUGAACAAGCACGCAAAGAUCACAUGCUUUCUCCUUUAUAGAUCAACAUUAUUUGCUUAAGGAAUUCACAACUGCUUAUCAUCAUCACAUGCGAUUAUGCGAACCGUACAUUUCAUUCAUUUGAAUUUAAUCAAGCAUAUGAUCUGACAAUCAUUAGCAUUAGCAUUACAGUUCAAAAAAAAAAUCAUUAGCAUUAUGAUUAAAAUAAAGUCAACGUAUUCAAAUAUAUAUAUUUAAACAAAAAAUUCCAUAUACAAUUCCAUAUAAAUACCUGCCAUACCCUAUGAUUUUCCUUCAUCCUCACAUUUCAUCUAAAGCACAAAAACAUAAAUACUCUCAAAUCUGACAUCUACAAAGAUUCAUUACUCUUUCUCUUUGUAAGAAACAUUAAAUGGAUCAUAUUAGUAACAAGCUUGUAGCUAUUUUGCUGAUGUUCUUCUCAAGCAUCUUGCUUAUGAGAACAUCAAUGGCUGCUUACAACUAUAAUGUCGUCAAGUUUGGUGCUAAACCGGACGGUCGAACCGACUCCACAAAAGCCUUCCUCGGCGCGUGGCAAGCAGCUUGCCGUUCAGCUGCAAGUGUCACUGUAACGGUCCCGAGAGGGAGCUUCUUACUAAAACCGGUGGAGUUUCGUGGUCCGUGCCGUAGCAAAAUCACGUUUCAGAUUUAUGGAACCAUUGUAGCUCCUACGGAUUACCGUGGUUUGGGUAAUUCCGGUUAUUGGAUCUUGUUCGUGAAAGUUAACCGCAUCUCGAUCAAUGGAGGAACGUUAGAUGCUAGAGGUGCUUCUUUUUGGGCUUGUCGAAAAUCUGGAAAGAGCUGUCCUGCUGGAGCCAGAUCCAUGACGUUUAACUGGGCAAACAACGUCGUAGUAACCGGGUUAACGUCAAUAAACAGUCAAGUAACACAUUUAGUGAUAAAUAGCUGCAACAAUGUAGUUGUCCGGAAAGUAAAGUUAGUAGCUCCAGACCAAAGUCCGAACACAGAUGGCCUCCACGUCCAAAAUUCUGCUGGUGUGACCGUAACCGAUAGCACGUUUCAGACCGGAGACGACUGUAUCUCUAUCGGUCCGGGAACUCGUAACCUCUACAUGUCUAAACUCAACUGCGGUCCAGGCCACGGAAUCAGUAUUGGGAGUCUAGGGAGAGAUGCUAAGGAAGCUGGAGUACAGAACAUAACGUUGGUAAACUCUGUUUUUUCGGGUUCAGAUAAUGGUGUUCGGAUCAAGUCAUGGGCUAGACAAAGCACAGGUUUUGUGAGGAACGUUUUGUUUCAAAAUCUGAUCAUGAAGAAUGUUCAGAAUCCAAUCAUUGUUGAUCAGAACUACUGUCCGACUCAUCAAGGUUGUCCUAAACAGGGUUCUGGGGUGAAGAUUAGUCAGGUUGUGUAUAGGAACAUUCAAGGGACGUCACGAACGCAACAUGCUUUAAAGUUUGAUUGUAGUCGUAGUAAUCCGUGCCAAGCGAUUAGAUUGCAUGAUAUUAAGCUAACGUUUAACGGUCGGUCUGCCACUUCACAAUGUAAGAAUAUUAAAGGAGUCAAGGCUGGUGUGGUGAUGCCACAAGGUUGUCUUUGAUUUGAUGAUUUUGAAAGGCAUGUAACAAAGUGUUUUACGAUGACACUACAACGUCGUAGGCACACGAUUAUUAUUUGCGUCCAUGAUCGAGUUGUUCUGUCUAAUGUUUAAAUAUUUAUG